CUUAAAAUAAUGAUGACAAAAAAGACCAUAUCUGCAAGCAGAGCUUCCCUGAUUCUCUUUCUGUGCCAGAUGAUUACUGCAUUGGAAGUACCUCUUGAUCCAAUACUUCUCAAAGAAUUAUCACAGCCUCCAACAAUAACUCAGCAAUCUCCAAAAGACUACAUUGUUGACCCUCGAGAGAAUAUUGUAAUACAAUGUGAAGCAAAAGGAAAGCCACCUCCUAGUUUCUCAUGGACCCGUAAUGGAACUCAUUUUGAUAUAGAUAAAGAUGCACGGGUAACAGUGAAGCCAAACUCAGGAACCCUUGUAAUAAACAUUAUGAAUGGCGGAAAGGCAGAAGCAUAUGAAGGAGUAUAUCAGUGUACAGCAAGGAAUGAACGUGGAGCAGCAAUUUCCAAUAACAUUGUUAUACGCCCAUCCAGAUCCCCCUUGUGGACUAAAGAAAAAGUAGAACCAAAACAUGUCAGAGAAGGUGAUCCUCUAGUACUUCACUGCAGCCCUCCAGUUGGCUUACCACCACCUAUAAUAUUUUGGAUGGAUAAUUCUUUCCAAAGGCUGCCUCAAAAUGAAAGAGUUUCCCAAGGUCUAAAUGGAGACCUUUAUUUUUCUAAUGUAAAACCAGAGGACACUCGUGAGGACUAUAUUUGUUAUGCGAGAUUUAAUCACACUCAGACUAUACAGCAGAAGCAACCUAUUUCUGUGAAGGUGUUUUCAACCAAGCCAUUGACAGAGAGACGACCAACUCUUUUAACUCCAGUGGGGAGCACAAGUAAUAAAGUGGAACUAAGGGGAAAUGUACUUUUGCUGGAGUGCAUUGCAGAAGGAUUACCCACACCAGUUAUCCGCUGGAUUAAAGAAGGUGGAGAACUGCCCAUCAACAGAACAUUUUUUGAAAAUUUUAAGAAAACUCUCAAAAUCGUAGAGGUUUCUGAAGCUGAUUCUGGAAAAUACAAAUGUGUAGCAAGAAAUCCAUUAGGUUCCACUCACCAUACCAUUACAGUAACUGUCAAAGCUGCUCCAUACUGGAUCACAGCACCUAGAAACCUUGUGUUGUCUCCUGGAGAGGAUGGAACCCUGAUCUGCAGAGCUAAUGGCAACCCCAAACCUAAUAUUAGCUGGCUAACAAAUGGUGUGCCCAUAGCAAUUGCCCCAGAAGAUCCUAGCAGAAAAGUAGAUGGUGAUACCAUUAUUUUCUCUGAUGUGCAAGAAAGAUCAAGUGCUGUUUAUCAAUGCAAUGCCUCUAAUGAAUAUGGAUACUUGCUGGCAAAUGCAUUUGUGAAUGUUUUGGCUGAGCCACCAAGAAUUCUGACUCCUGCUAAUAAAUUAUAUCAAGUCAUUGCAAACAAUCCUGCGUUGCUAGAUUGUGCUUUUUUUGGUUCACCUGUGCCUGAAAUUGAAUGGUUUAAGGGAGUAAAAGGGAGCAUCCUGCGCGGAGAUCUUUAUGUUUUCCAUGACAAUGGAACUCUGGAAAUUCCUGUGGCACAAAAGGAUAGUACUGGCACAUAUACCUGUGUAGCAAGGAAUAAAUUAGGAAAGGUACAAAAUGAGGUCCAUCUAGAAGUCAAAGAUCCAACAAUGAUUAUUAAACAGCCUGAAUACAAAAUCAUUCAAAGGGGUGGCCAGGUUUCCUUUGAGUGUACUAUAAAGCACGAUCCUACCUUAAUACCAACUAUUACGUGGUUGAAGGAUAAUGGUGAACUGCCAGAUGAUGAAAGGUUUAUUAUUCAUAAAGAUAAUUUGGCCAUUAUGAAUGUAACUGAUAUGGAUGAUGGAACCUAUACAUGUGUAGCAAAUACUACCCUGGACAGCGUUUCUGCAAGUGCCGUACUCACUGUUGUUGCUGCUACCCCAACUCCAGCUAUCAUUUACGAUCGUCCAAAUCCACCCUUUGAUUUAGAAUUAACAGAUCAGCUAGAAAGAAGCAUACAGCUGUCCUGGAUACCAGGCUAUGACAAUAACAGCCCCAUUACAAAUUUUGUCAUUGAAUAUGAAGAUGGAAUGCAUGAACCAGGGGUAUGGCAUUACCAGACAGAAGUCCGUGGGACUCAGACAACUGUACAGUUAAAGCUGUCUCCAUAUGUUAACUAUUCAUUCCGUGUAAUAGCUGUCAAUGAGAUUGGUAGAAGUCAGCCAAGUGAAGCAUCUGAACAAUACCUAACAAAAGCUGCAAAGCCAGAUGAAAAUCCUUCCGGUGUUCAAGGGAUAGGAUCAGAACCCGAUAAUUUGGUGAUUAUAUGGGAGCCUUUAAAAGGUUUUCAGUCCAAUGGACCAGGUCUUCAAUACAAAGUCAGUUGGCGUCAGAAAGAUGUUGGUGAUGAGUGGACUUCUGUUAUAGUUGCAAAUGUUUCAAAAUAUAUUGUAUCUGGUACACCAACCUUUGUUCCAUAUGAGAUAAAAGUACAGGCUUUAAAUGACUUAGGAUAUGCACCAGAACCUGCAGAGGUGAUUGGACAUUCUGGGGAAGACUUACCAAUGGUUGCUCCAGGCAACGUGCAGGUGCACAUUGUUAACAGCACAUUAGCCAAGGUGCACUGGGACCCCGUUCCACUAAAAACUGUCCGAGGACACCUUCAAGGAUACAGGAUUUACUACUGGAAAGUACAGAGUUUAUCUAAAAGAAGGCGGCGGCAUGUGGAGAAAAAGAUUCUGACAUUCAGUGGAAACAAGACACAUGGAAUGUUGCCAGGACUGGAGCCUUAUAGUUCUUACAAGCUGAAUGUUAGAGUUGUUAAUGGUAAAGGGGAAGGACCAGCAAGCCCUGACAAAUUAUUUAAGACUCCUGAAGGAGUUCCUGGCUCACCUUCCUUUUUGAAGAUUACUAAUCCAACACUGGACUCUCUCACUUUGGAAUGGGGUCCACCUACUCACCCAAAUGGUGUUUUGAUAGCGUAUACACUAAAGUUUCAACCAAUUAACAGCACUCAUGAAUUAGGCCCCUUGGUAGAGAUCAGAAUUCCUGCAAACGAGACCAGCUUGAUAUUAAGUAAUUUAAAUUACAGCACACGAUACAAGUUCUACUUUUAUGCACAAACAUCAGUUGGAGCUGGAAAUCAAAUAACUGAGGAAGCAGUAACAAUUAUGGAUGAAGUGCGACCAAUUUAUCCAAGGAUCAGAAAUGUUACUGCAUCUGCUGCUGAGACCUAUGCCAAUAUCAGUUGGGAGUAUGAGGGACCAGAUCAUGUGAACUUUUAUGUUGAAUAUGGUGUGGCAGGCAGCAAAGAAGAUUGGAAAAAAGAAAUUGUAAAUGGUUCUCGGAGCUUCUUUGUGUUAAAGAGUUUAACACCAGGAACGUCAUAUAAAGUCCGGGUUGGUGCUGAGGGUCUGUCUGGUUUUGUGAGUUCAGAGGAUGUGUUUGAGACAGGUCCAGCAAUGGCAAGCCGGCAGGUUGACAUUGCUACUCAAGGAUGGUUCAUUGGUCUUAUGUGUGCUGUUGCUCUUCUUAUCUUGAUUUUGCUGAUUGUUUGCUUCAUAAGGAGGAAUAAGGGUGGCAAAUAUCCAGUGAAGGAAAAGGAAGAUGCACAUGCUGAUCCAGAAAUACAGCCUAUGAAAGAAGAUGAUGGAACAUUUGGUGAAUACAGUGACGCAGAGGAUCAUAAACCUCUAAAGAAAGGAAGCCGAACACCUUCAGACAGGACUGUGAAAAAGGAGGACAGUGAUGAUAGUUUAGUUGACUAUGGCGAAGGUGUAAAUGGUCAGUUCAAUGAGGAUGGCUCCUUUAUUGGACAAUACAGUGGUAAAAAAGAGAAAGAACCUGCAGAAGGAAAUGAAAGUUCUGAGGCUCCUUCUCCUGUCAAUGCCAUGAAUUCCUUUGUUUAA